AUGCCGGAACAGAAGAAGAAGAUUCCUAAACUGCCUCCUAAGAAGAAGAAUGUUCCCCCCACAGCAAACAAGCAGACGACCGCCCCGAAGAAGCCUACAACAGCGCCCUCUAAGUCCUCAACUCCCACGACCAAACCGUCCACUACACCAGCCAAGGCAGCUACUGCCCAACCACAAAAGGAUGUACCCAAGCCCCCACCCAAACAGAGCAAUGCGGCUUCCACGCCUUCGCAGAAACCGAACCCUGCUAAGACACCUCCCAAGACGUCGACCCCUGCGGCCAAGCCUAGCAAUGCCGCUCCUGAGCGCAAGUCAUCCUUAGCACCCAGCAAGGCCCCAACUCCUGCCACCAAACCCGCCGAGUCCCCAGCGCCUUCUACAGCACGCAGGCCGUCUGCAGCACCGCGUAAAGGAUCGACUCCUGCUGUCAAAGCUACAGACGCCGCUCCGGAUCGGAAGCCUUCUCUGGCACCUCGCAAGGCGUCGACGGCCGCCGUCAAGGAAACAGAAACUACAGCACCCUCCCCAGCACGGAGACCCUCUGCGGCCCCCCGCAAAGAAUCCGCACCGGCCGCCAAGCCAACGGACACCGCCCAGAAACCAAAGCCUCCUAAGCUCCCUCCUAAUAAGACUGACGACCAAUCUCCUGCGCCGUCGCCAGCACACAGACCCUCCGUGGCACCACGCAAAGAGUCAUCAUCCGCGAACAAUCCAACAGGCGCCGACCAGAAACCAAAGCCUCCAAAGCUAGGCCCAAAGAAGACAAGCGAUGGAUCACCAGCCUCUCAAUCAAGAAGGCCAUCCUUAGCACCGCGCAAGUCCUCAGAAUCUGCUGCGAAGUCUACAGCUGCCGGUACAAAACGACAAGAUGCAAAAGAGGAGGAUGAGGAUAAGCCGGCGUACAAAGUGGAGGAUGAGGAUACGCCGGCGCACAAAGUCGCGGAGGAGGAGAAGGAUCUAAAGUCUUUCUUGUCAGAGUCUGAACGGGCAGAUCUCACUCUACUUAUUGCAAGCAUUUCUGAGACUAUGCGGAAGAUGAUCGAGAGCAACUUUGAUGCUGCAGCUACAUUGAAAGACCUCGGUCAAGAGGGCCAGAGUGAAGAAGAAAGAUUCGCCAACAUAGACUAUGACCCCGGCACUGUUGAUGUCAGCCAAUACGACAAGGAAAACAAGGCGCGCGAGGAACGUGAGAAAGAGCUUGCGACACCCAAGGUCAAGGAGUUGAAGAAGAAUGCCCUCCAAUGGUUCGAUGAUUGGCGAGAGGUUGUCAUACAGCGCGUGGGUGAAGCGGUCAAUUCGAAGGAGACUACGUCGAAGCAGAAGGCAAAGGCCUCAACGCAGGGAUCAAAGACUACGACUACCCCAAUAACAGAAGGAAGACCAGUCCAGAAAAUCGAUACCGGCGCAAAGCAGGGAGAGUAUAGACCGCCAAAACUCGAACAAUUGUUCCCACGGAUCCAAACACCACUUACGAAAUUGCCUAUGCAGAAACGUACACUUGUCCUCCACUCGAUACUCCUGAUACUUCUGAGCUUGGAGCACUACAACGCUGCAUCACGGGUGCUACUACUUUAUCUAACAUCAAGUAUGAAGCUUGGUCUUAACUACCUGCGCGAUGACGAAGAGAAGACGGCAAAGGGCUUGUUGGAAGCUGCUAAGCAAAUUCAAGCAGACCAGGAGCUGUUGAAAAAGACCUCAGAGGAAAGCGAGAACUCGCGCAAGUGGAAGAUAAGGCUUGCCCAGAUAGCCGGCGCAGCCGUCGUGGGGCUUUCAGGCGGCAUGGCUGCUCCAAUGAUGGCAGCAGGUGUCGGCAGCGUGAUGACGGGCCUCGGUCUCGGAGCUACCGCUGCAGCAGGCUACCUGGGCACCGUCGCUGGCAGCACCUAUUUAGUCGGCAGUCUAUUUGGAGCUUACGGAGGGCGUAUGACCGGCGAAAUGAUGCAGAAUAUCUCAGCAGAGGUGCAAGACUUUGCCUUCCUUCCAGUCCAUGGUGAACGUAAAGAGCAUGAUGAAUCCAUCGAAGCUGCUACCGACACUCGCCGUCUCCGCGUAAUCAUCGCGAUAUCUGGCUGGUUACUCGAGAAAGAGGAGGUUGUGACACCAUGGCGCGUCCUGACGCCUACUGCCGAAGUCUUUGCCCUCCGCUUCGAGCUCGAGGCAUUAAUGAAUCUAGGACAAAGUAUUGACACUAUGGUUUCCAGCGCAGCGUAUGGAUAUGCCCAGUCUGCCAUGAUCCAGCGGACCGUGUUCGCCGAAAUGAUGUCAGCAAUGUGGCCUAUGGCCAUAGUGAAGGUCGCCCGUGUGGUUGACAACCCCUUCAGCCUGGCCAAAACUCGCGCCGACAAAGCUGGAAAAGUGCUUGCCAACCUUCUCAUCAACCGCGCCCAAGGCGAACGACCUGUGACCCUUGUAGGAUAUUCGUUGGGAGCACGCGUUAUUUGGUCCUGCCUGACUUCUUUGGCCAAGCGAAAGGCUUUUGGACUGGUUGAAUCCGCAGUACUGAUCGGAUCCCCCAUACCUAGCGAUGUUGGCACCUGGCGCGUUAUGCGCACAGCUGUGAGUGGUCGACUAGUCAAUGUCUAUUCAGAGAACGACUACAUCUUGGCUUUCCUUUACCGGACCUCAAGCAUCCAGUACGGAGUCGCGGGUCUUAUGCCGGUCUCUGGCCUUCUAGGAGUGGAGAAUGUCGAUGUCAGCGAGACAGUCAACGGACAUCUAAAGUACAGGUACCUGGUAGGUAGUAUCCUGCAGAAAAUCGGCUUUGAAGAUCUCGACAAGCAAGAAGUCGCUAAAGAAGCAGAGGCCUUCGAGAAAAUCGUGGAAGAAGAAAAGAAGCAGACGUACGUUAAGCAAGCCGGAGAAGUGUACGAGAAAGCCAGUGGCAAAGGACUCGGUAAAGAACUUUACAAUAAGUACGGAAAGCGCAUUGGACUGGAUGGUAAAGAAUCCUCUGACGGGAGAGAGCCCUCGGACAAGGUCAAGAAUAUCAGCGAUGCAGACGCGGACAAAGAAGCCACGGCCAUGGAGAAGGAGGUUGAGGCGAAGACGCAGAAAGGCCUCAUGCAGUGGGCCGUCGAGCAGCUAUACAUUUCGCGCCCAUCAGUUCCGUCUACAGGCGACGCCAAGGACGCAGCUGCAAACCCUCAAGGCGCAGUUGCUGAUACCAGCAAAACUGCCAAUGAGACCGUCGAUGCAGCCACAAAAACACUGCUGCAGCGCGCCAAGGAAGCCACGUAUCUAUCUCGCUCUGGCGGCGUCGAAGGCCAGGUCGCUGCCGAUGACAAACUCACUCAAGCACAAUCCACAGCAAUAUCCGCAGCGCCGACUGGUUAUCUUGCAACAGCUGCGGGCUAUAUACCCACCAGCUACAUUCCAGGAUUUGGAGCAGCAGGCAAGGGAACAGAAACUGCCGAUGACGUCGGGAAGCAAGCGGGAAAGCUUCAGCAGGGUGUUGGUAAGGCCGUCAAGCCACCCUUGAAGAAGACCGAUAGUGCAAGGAGAUCUUUGGGGAAGCUGGCGGGACCUGCACUGAAGAGGACAGAGAGCGCGCAGAAGAAGCUUGCUGGGGCAACAAAAGACCCAAGUCAAGCGGCCACGGAUCUAAAACAGACUUCCCAAGACGCUAAAAAAGACCCCUCAAAGACUUUGUCAAGGACAACAACAGGAACGAAGAAGCAAGUGGGCGAUGCCUCCAAUAAGGUGGGUGACAUCGCAGGCGACGCUCAGAAAAAUGUCGGAGAUGCUGCCACGGACCCAACAAAGCUAGCUGAGAAAGGCCAGAAGCAGGCUAGUGAGACUACGAAAUCAGCCGCAAACGCAGCUGGUGGUGUAACGAGCUACAUCCCAUCAUUUGGUCUUGGAGGAUCCUCAAAGAAAACCAAGCCGGCAGCCCCUAAGAGAGCUCCGAGUGGACAGGCGAAAGCAAAGGAAGCCACUGAGAAGGUGCCAAACCAAGCGACCGAGUCAGCCGGCAAAGCCGCGGCUAAAGCUCAAGACAAGGCGACUGACGCAGAGAAGACACCUGCGGGCUAUAGUAGCUAUCUUCCCCACUUUGGCUAUGGGGGUUCCACCCCCUCUCAAUCGAAGGCAGCUCCCAAAGACACUGAGAAGAAAGUCGAGAAAGCCACCGAGGAUGCUAAGGAAAUACCAAAGGAGACGACGAAACAGGUUGAGAAGACAGUAGAUGAUGCUAAAGAAACCGCAGAGGAUACCGCGGGGAAGGCCCAACAAGCGGCCGAUGAUGAUAAGGAAACGCCCAAAGAGGCGCUAGAGAAGACCGAAGAAGCGGCCGACGCUGCCCACAAAGCAGCUUCCGAAGGAACCAGUACCGCCAACGACUUGAAGUCCAAAGCUGAAGAGUCUACCACUGACCCAGCCUCCGCCCCAUCAAACGUUGCUGCUGCACUCAGCGACACCGCUACUUCUGCUACAGCUGCGGCUUCUCAGGCUGGAUCAACCGUAGGCAAUGCUGCCGCUGAAGCAGAGAAAUAUGUUCCCAAUUCGCAGGGUCUAGGAGGAGAUGCCGGCGGUAAAGUCGGCGAAAUGGCCAGCGGCGCAGCUUCAGGUGUAACCUCUGGGGCUUCUUUCCUUGGCAAAGGCGUUGGCGGAGCGGCAAACAUGGUCGGUGGUGACCGGGCUAAGGGGGAAGAGGAGAAGCAAGAUGUCCCUGACAAGAAGCCUGGAAAUGGAAUGGGCAAGGAAAAUGAGGAAGACCGAAGCCAGUCGGAUGAUGACACGAUAGAAGAAGAGGAAUUCCGGACACCUGGAGAAGAAAAACAGGAAGAAGGUAGCAAGCCCGAAGAGAAAAGCCCAAGGAAAGAAGGACCCGAAGAUCCCUUCGUCGACGAAACCGAAGAAGAUGCCGACUCCGAAGAUACCGAAAGCACCAUCAAGGUCUCGCAAUCCCACGACUCCGACUCAGCCAGCUCAAACUCCGGUGGGGAAGGAAAAGUUAAAGACGAGAAUGGCAAGGGCUAUGCGUCGACGGCUGCGAGUACGGUUGGAGACGCUGGCAAGGGUGCUAUGGGAGCUGGUGCCGCUGCCGGCGGUGCUGCGGCUGCUGCGGGUGGCGCUGCAGCCUCUGGAGUCUCUCAGGGCGUGGGCCAGUUGGGGAAGUCCAAAUGGUGGUGA